AUGACGGCUUGUCUAAGUCACUCUGUCCUAGUUGGGGGGAAUAAGUACCUCGUCCAAACAUUCAGUGACUAUCUGAAGCAGGACCCAAAAGCCAUUGCGAAAUUGAAGAAGUAUAUACCACGCCGCACGAAGUCUUUCAGAAAGGAUCUUGUCGAUCCGUACCGAAUUUAUCCGUAUCAUCCAUAUCGUGUUGAGUGUACUGAAAGAAUGAUCUGCUAUAUCCAUCAAGAACUCGAGGGAAAGGGCAGGACCAUCACAGAGCAUGAUGUUAUAGAUGCUUUUGAGAGACGUGAGAUCCUUUGGCUUGCCAUCCACGGAAUCCCAAGUCGAUCAAUAGCAUUCGCGCUGCGAGGAAAGCUUGGAGAAUACGACUUCGAUGAGUGGUGGCCCGUCUACGAGGACGAGUUUCCUGCCCUCGAGGAGUACAUUGAGGUGAUUGAGAACUUUGUCAGGCUCUCAAUCAGUGAGAGGGCAAUGCAUUGGCGACAGAAUAACUCGGCCCACGAAGUCAAAGAGUACUUUGUCAAAUUGGCGAAGGAUAGGCAUGAGGGAGAGGAUCUGAAAUACUGUGGGUUCGACCCUGAGACUCUACAUACCGCCGUAAAGCACGCACUCAAUGACACCGGGGCAGAAGUCUGUCCUAUUUCUCGGAAAGUUGAGCCAACUCAGCAUGAGCAAAUCUCUCACGACGUCGACGAAGAAGAACAAUUUUUUUUAUGGAGAAGUGUCGGCAGUCGGGUUCAGAAUUCAAGAUCUGUUCCAAGACAUAUCAGAGAAUUGAUGGAUCGAUGUCGCAAAGCAAACAACAUGAAGGUCUGGCUUGAGGAAGAACUGGGACUUCGAAAGAGCAAUCCUGAGCAGGAUCCAGGUCUUUGGGAGAGAAACCUCGAGAUGGAACUCGCCUUGAUCAACCGGACAAUAGCUCAUAUCACGAGGACUGGAAUAAUUGAGCAAUCGCUGCCAAGACCGAUUCCUUCCUUGAAGUCCAUGGACAUUGAUUUCAUCAGCGACGACGAGGACAGCAACAGUGAAGAGGACGAAGACAUGGAGGACUACAAAGAAAGCGACGAUGAUGGCGAUGAGGAUGGAAGUGUCGAAAGUGUCGAAGGCACCAACAGCGACGAUGAAAAAUCAGAUGAAGAAAUGGGCGGAUUUGAGGAUCAAGUCGUUGGAAAGAACCAGCGACGAAUCUGCACCAUGUUUACUGGAGUUCCAUGUUCACUUGAAGACAUCGAAUGA